AUGACAACGGCAGCACAUGUCGAUGACGCAUCUCCAAGUCAGUUAUUGAGCUGGCUAUCCAUUCUUGCGGUCGGAACUACAUUGUGUCUUUUUUUAACGGGUUUGGAGAUAUGCUGGCGUAUAUGGUCUCAAGGGACAACAAAUGGUAUUAGUUCGGCCCCAUUUCAUACAGGCUUUCUUUCUGGACAGCUAUGGUUACAAUAUGGUUUCUUAAGACAUAACAAGACUAUGAUAUGUGUCAAUUCAGUGGCUGCAUUGCUCUAUUCAUUAUAUAUUUUUUAUUAUUUCAUAAUGGCACCGUAUGCUACAAAGAACCGUUGCAUCAGAUUAAUUUUUAUGGAAAUGAUAUUUUUGAUGAGUGCACAUUAUUAUAUCCACUAUUAUGGCUUACCAGUGGAAAUGGUUCUUUCAUAUUUGGGAAUGUCUUGUGUGGUAUUCAAUGUACUUACUGUUGCCGCUCCCUUGGAAGCUUUGCGUGAAGUUUUCCGUACGCGUUGUACGGAAACAAUGCCAUUGCCCCUUUGUUGUCUAACACUUCUUGUAACAGCGGAAUGGCUGCUGUAUGGAAUUCUUAUUGAUGACAUUUACAUACAGGUACCCAACGCUAUUGCAUCGGUGAUCGCAUUCCUCCAGUUAUUACCUUUUCUUUAUUUUCCCCGGAAUAAGCAGAUAGCUACUGUCACUAUUCCUUGA